AUGACCACCUGCAGCCGCCAGUUCACCUCCUCCAGCUCCAUGAAGGGCUCUUGCGGCAUCGGCGGUGGCUCCAGCCGCCUCUCCUCUGUCCUCAGUGCUGGCUCCUGCCGAGCUCCCAGUGCCUAUGGGGGCAUGUCGGUCUCCUCCUCCCGCUUCUCCUCUGGGGGAGCCUGCGGGAUGGGGGGCGGCUAUGGUGGUGGCUUCAGCAGCAGCAGCAGCUAUGGUGGGGCCCUGGGUAGUGGCUUUGGUGGAGGAUAUGGUGGUGGCCUUGGUGCCGGCUUUGGAGGUGGCUUUGGUGGUGGCAUAGGUAGUGGCUUUGGUGGUGGUGAUGGGCUUCUGGUGGGCAGUGAGAAAGUGACCAUGCAGAACCUCAAUGACCGCCUGGCAUCCUACCUGGACAAGGUGCGUGCCCUGGAGGAGGCCAACACCGACCUGGAGGUGAAGAUCCGUGACUGGUACCAGAGACAGAGGCCCACUGAAGCCAAAGACUACAGCCCCUACUUCAAGACCAUCGAUGAACUGAGGAAUAAGAUCCUCACAGCCACUGUGGACAAUGCCAACGUCCUUCUGCAGAUUGACAAUGCCCGUCUUGCUGCUGAUGACUUCCGUACCAAGUACGAGACAGAGCUGAACCUGCGCAUGAGCGUGGAGGCCGACAUCAAUGGCCUGCGCAGGGUGCUUGAUGAGCUGACCCUGUCCAGAGCUGACCUAGAGAUGCAGAUUGAGACCCUGAAGGAAGAGCUGGCCUACCUGAGGAAGAACCAUGAGGAGGAAAUGAUGUCCCUGAGAGGCCAGGUGGGCGGGGACGUCAACGUGGAGAUGGAUGCGGCGCCUGGUGUGGACCUCAGUCGCAUCCUGAAUGAAAUGCGCGAUCAGUAUGAGAAGAUUGCAGAGAAGAAUCGCAAGGAUGCGGAAGAAUGGUUCUUCAGCAAGACAGAGGAGCUGAACCGCGAGGUGGCCACAAACAGUGAGCUGGUGCAGAGUGGCAAGAGUGAGAUCUCCGAGCUCCGUCGCACAAUGCAGAACCUAGAGAUUGAGCUGCAAUCCCAGCUCAGCAUGAAAGCAUCCCUGGAGAACAGCCUGGAGGAGACCAAAGGCCGCUACUGCAUGCAGCUGGCCCAGAUCCAGGAGAUGAUUGGCGGUGUGGAGGAGCAGCUGGCUCAGCUGCGCUGUGAGAUGGAGCAGCAGAGCCAGGAGUACAAGAUCCUGCUGGACGUGAAGACCCGCCUGGAACAGGAGAUCGCCACCUACCGCCGCCUGCUGGAGGGCGAGGACGCCCACCUCUCCUCUUCAUUCUCCUCUGGCUCUCAGUCUCACAGAGAUGGAACCUCCUCCACCAGCCGUCAGAUCCGCACCAAGGUCGUGGAUGUGCACGAUGGCAAGGUGGUGUCCACCCACGAGCAGGUCCUUCGCUCCAAGAACUAA